AAAGAACAAACUCCUGCAUCACUUUGUGUGUCCACAGAACAAGAGGCAGAAGACAAGUAAGUCCUUUGUAAAAAAAAGAUAAAAAUGCAGAACCUGGUCAAUGAUCAUUCCAGAUACCUGCAAACCUUUGAGCUGCUGUUGGCGAAUUCAGCCGAACACCAGUGCAUGAAAGAGUUCAUCCAUUCGACGCUCCCAGACAUCCUGGCCAGCAUCGGAGCAGGAGAACCCACUCUAAACGUGAUGGGAGUGGGAAGUGGAUCAGGUGAGAUCGAUCUGGAAAUUAUCAAAGUGCUGCAUGAAAAGCAUCCAACAGCCAAAGUGGACAAUGAGGUGGUGGAACCCAGCAAGGAAAUGCUUAACAAAUAUAAGACUUUAAUAUCGAAGAUGCCAGGCCUUGAUUACGUCACCUCCAGAUGGAAUACAAUGACUGCGACGGCGUUCGAGAAGGAAUGGAAGAUGAGAAACACUGACAAAAAGAUGCACUUGAUUAAUCUGAUUCAGAUGCUGUACUAUGUGAAGGAUCCGGGGGCCACGGUUUCCUUCUACCGGAGUUUACUGCACAAAGACGGCAAAGCAUUGGUCAUUCUGCUCGCAGGUGAAUGUUCAUGGGCCAGGCUAGUGUCAACCUUCCACGAUCAGCUGUGGGACAACAAAACAAACCAGGACCUUUCGAGCAAACACCUCAAGAUCUUUCUGGAUUCCAAAAAAAUCCCCUACCGAAACUACAACUUGAAGUCCCUGUUGGACAUCACCGAGUGUUUCACACCUGGAAAUGAAAAAGGAGAGCGGAUACUGGACCUCCUGACCGAGGUGGUCGAGUUCAGUAAGAGCGCUCCUCCGGAGCUGAAGGAGGCAGUGCUGGAGUUUCUUAAACAUCCAGACAACAGUCAAGAAGUGAACGGCAGGUUCCUGUUCGAUUGCAGCACGGAGGCCUUGCUGAUCGACGCGUAGGUCCAGCAAUGUUAGAUACACUGCGCAGAGAAGCACUUGUCAAACAUCCGGUUAAAUGAUAAGGAAUAAGAAAUGAAUUAAUAGUUGUAGUUAAUAGUUUAUGGGUGAGACUAUCUAAGCAGCUGUAUUCUUCAUAUUCACUACUGAACAGAAUGUAUUAUCAUUAGUACUGUGCUACAGUUGGAGAUACCUCAAAGUUCAAACGCUGUGCCGUUAGUCUAAUCUAUGUUGUUCACCCUGUACAUCUUACUGAUGAUACCAAGCAUUAAUAAUCCAAAAGUGUGACGUAUGAUUUAGUCUAAAUACACUUUCAUAAAAUCUAAUUCUACUAUACCUUCAAGUGAAGUACUUGAGAAAUGUUCUACAUAUUUGUGCUGUUAGAAAUAAAAUGCCAAAAAAAUAUAUAUAUAUAUA